CUAUAACGGCUCCUUUUCCUGCCUCGGGCUAGAAUGUUUCCAUCCUCCAUGGAAUUCAGUGCUGCCUUUGUCUCCCCCUUUUCCGUGUGAUUCUUCACCCACAUCAGCGGCAGCAGCAUCUAACGGUAGAGACACCAUCGUCAAUAUAGAGAGAGAGAGAGAUAGAUAGACCCAUCAAGAAAAGGAAAAAGCUAGCCUUGAUGGUGAUAGUUCAGUCACUUUCACCCUCUCAAAUCAUCUCUCCUCCUAUUUUUACUCCUUCUGGCAACCCUUUUCUCCUUCCCUUCAUCUCUUUCCUUCUCUUCUAGUUUCCACUUUCGAGUAAUUUCCACCCUCUCCACGGCGGUUCAUUUUGUCCGGGAAACAGGUAGUCCUGCAAAUGGGUGUUGGCAGUGGUGGUGGUGACAGUUUGUCUGAUUUCAUGGAAGAGCCUGACCAGUUCGGUGACGCCCAUUUGGCCGGGGCAGCCUCGCCGGAGGAUAUCUUCAGCAUCCUCGAGAGCUUAGAUGGGUUUUUAGAGUUUCCUCAGGUUGCACCUCCAAACAAGGGCGAUGAAAAGGAAGUGGCGACAACAACGUUGGUUUCUCAGAAAUCAGCUUCUUCGAGUGCUUUGCAAGAAUUAUCGGAAACUGAGAUUGAAACUUCCCCGGAGAGCAAGAAACGGAAGCUUGCUGCGAUGGCGGCGUCGGAGGAAGGAAACCCGGAUGGGCAACAAAGGACAUCUCACAUAACGGUGGAGCGAAACCGGAGGAAGCAGAUGAACGAGCAUUUGUCGGUUUUGAGGUCACUCAUGCCUUGCUUCUAUGUCAAAAGAGGUGACCAGGCAUCAAUAAUUGGAGGGGUAAUUGAUUACAUCAGCGAGUUGCAGCAAGUUCUGCAGUCUUUGGAAGCAAGAAAGCAAAGGAAAGUGUACAGUGAUGUUCUAAGCCCAAGGCUUGUCUCAAGUCCAAGACCCUCGCCACUUAGCCCUGGAAAGCCCCCUCUAAGCCCUAGAUUACUAAACCUGAAUCCGAUAAGUCCAAGAACUCCACAGCCAAGCAGCCCUUACAAGCCCAGCAGGCAAGCUGCUGGCUAUCUCUCUCCAACCAUGAACCUCCCCGCCACUUCACUUGAUCCAUCUCCUUCUACUUCUUCCACUUCUUCCUCCAUUGACACUGCUAAUGAGCUCGUCACCAACUCCAAGUCCGCCAUUGCCGACGUCGAGGUUAAGUUUUCGGGGCCGAAUCUUCUGCUCAAGACCCUGUCUCCUCGGAUCCCCGGGCAGGCUGUGAAGAUAAUAUCUGCUCUUGAAGACUUGUCUCUUGAGAUCCUCCAUGUGAGCAUCAGCACCUCUGAUGAAACCAUGCUUAACUCCUUCACCAUAAAGAUUGGAAUCGAAUGCCAACUUAGCGCGGAGGAGCUUGCUCACCAAAUUCAGCAAACAUUCAACUAGGUUCUCAAAGUAUUGAUCAUUAGUCGACUAAACCCUAUCAGCCCCCCCUCUUAAUCUGUCUAUAUAUGACAGAGAAUGUGAGGAGGGAUUUUCCACCAUUAGUAGCUUUUAGCAGAUGUAAAACUCUAGAUUAAUGCCAUGACUUGUAUUUCCUAGCAUAAUCCUUUUGCUAGUGUUAACCCUGAAAUUAAUUAGUCUCUGAACUUCUGUAUUUUUCAGUUCCCAAUUCUAUUUCAGGUCUUUAGUGGUUAUUCAGAUGGCUUGCUAAAGAUAA